AUGUCUACCUCAGGCCUUGGAGAAUCAUGGGUGGUGGCUUCAGUUGAUGCCGAGAGAGAAGAUACGACGGUCAAGCGCUCGCCCAGGACCCCUAGGCAAGCUCGAACUGGAACUCAAGAUGGAAGUAACCAUGGGUUGGACUCUACUGCCUCCUCGGUGUCUGGACCAGAGUUGAUUAUGCCUUCAAUAUACGAGACGCCUAUUUCCGAAGCAUCUUGGGUUGCGCCAGCGGUACGAGCAAAGCAGCCAAGUCCAAAUAUCAGGCGAAGACAUCAACCCUCUGCCGAGACCACGAAAGAAAAGAAGGCUGUUUCCGACGCACCAAACAAGAACGCUCGUUCGACUACGACAUCCAAGGAUCAAACACGGACCCGUUUCACACUUUUUGAAACACCAAUCCGAUCAGUUAUCAACCUCAUCCUUCUCGCGGGAAUCUCACAUUUGCUCAUUUUGCCUGAACUUCUGCAACAGUAUCCAUCUAUGUGUUCCAUGGAUCCACUUUCGGCAUUAUACCCAUCUCCCUGUCGCAGCCAUCUUCUCCAGUCUUUCAGCCCUGAGAAAAACAGCCAAUCGGCGCCAAUUGAAGCCGUUCUCUCAUUUCAAAUACACUUGGAAUCUCUCUUCAAUGCGACCCUGCAUGAAAUCGCUCCACUCAAGGGUUCGUUGAAACAAACAGAGUCUCAGCUCCGCACCGUCCAGCGUGGGCUGAAACAUGCACACCCAGGCACAAAGCAUGAACUGGACCUCGAAUUCGAGAGUUGCUGGCGCGCCAUCCGAAUUGCAGGGUGGAAAUUUGACACCCUCAAGGCCGACCUCCAAUCGGCAGUUGACAGCCUAGUUGCAGCGGGUAAUGUGAAACCGAAUUCCCGAUCUUCCAUAGCCCAGGAUGCCCGUUUAUCCACCCAGAUGCUACGUCGUGAACAGUAUAUCGAGCAACUAAUGGCAAGGAUGCGAUCCAAGGCUGAUUCACUUGCCGCCGACCUUGUCACCCUCGACGACCAUCUCGAGUCAAUCGAGAACAUCGUGGAUCGGGAAAGUGAAACGGCUCCCACGUACUCGCCCAAAGACUCAGCUAGUCGACUCAUAGCUUUCGUAGAAGCCAUCGUUCCUCCCAGCCUUUCGCUUCCUUCUUUCCUCAGGCCGGCUCAGCAAGACACGCCCGCCGAUGAUAGCGACGAUGCAUCCCCCCUCUACCCAAAACUCACCAUAUCACAGACUUUCCACGAAGCGACAACUCACCACCGUCCUGUCGCUAAUAUAGCGAGGAAUCUGUCCCAAAAGAUACAGCAAUCUCUCCAGAAGAAAAGAAACACCAUUCAUUAA